GAGGCGGGCUGCCCGCCGGCCGGCUCCCUCUCCCGGCCCCAGCCGUGCCCCUGCCCGGGCAGGCAGAGCGCGCCGUGCGGGGCGAGGUGUGAGCCCGCUCCCGCGGCUCCGGGCCGCCGCGAAGGGCAGGGGAGCCAAGGCGGGGAGCACAACGAAUCGGCUCGAUUGCAAAAGCGGUGCCGUGCCGUACAGCAGAGGCCGGCCCUGAGGGUGGGAGCCGGGGGGGAGAGGGAAGGAAGGGCCGGCGGGGCUGCGCCGGCCGGGCCGGCCCCGAGCGCUGCUGCCCCGGCUGCGGCGGGCAGAGCCGCUGCCCUGCGCCCCUCACACCGCCGGGGCCACCGCCGGCCCUGCCCUCCGCUCCUCCUCCCUGCAGCUGCAGGGCCACGCUGUCCGGGGGACGCGGCGGGCACACCGCUGGAUGCCGUGAUUUCCCCCUUUUAUAUUUUUUUUUUCCCCAAGACAAAUUUGGAUUGUGUUUUAAAAAGGGGGGGGGAGACCAACCGCAACGCACCGCCGGUCCCUGCCCUUGACGUGCAUCGCGGCACAACAUUAAAACAACAUGAAACAAGCGCUGGGAGCGGGCGCGGGGCGCGGGGCGCUGCCUGCUCCUGCCCGCCGCUGCCUGCUCCUGCCGCGCCGCUGCCUGCUCCUGCCGGCAGGGCCGUGACGUCACGCCGCUCCUCGCCCACCGAUGAACGCUAAAGACCUAUAGAGCAGAAAAUAAUACAACAAGCAAGCUCCGUAUCUUGCAAGCCCUACGUGAUUUUCCCCCCCUCUUUGAAAAAGCCCCUUUGCACUUAAACUCUCUAUACAUGUGGGGUGGCUUUUUAAACUCUCUCUAUACAAACAUAUUUAUUAAGAGCGAUGGGAAGUGGGGGGUAGCCUAUUUUUUUAAUCCAGGCACCAACACCACCACCCCCCCCCCGCCUCAGAUGUCUGGCUGCUUUUCUUAAGUGCAAUCAUCUAUAAUUGAGAAAAAAAAAAAAGCCAUACGUGGAAAUGUGUGUGUGAGAAGGUGCAUCUUGAAGCAGGGUUUAGUUACAAUCGAUCUUGGGGGGAAAAUAUUGCCUAUGGUCCAAAAAUAAGGAGCAACUAUGUCCUUCUCUCAGUUCGGAUAUCCCUACAGCACCACUUCACAGUUUUUCGUGCCCGCCAGCCCCAGCACGACCUGCUGCGAGGCUGUCCCCCGCUCCGUGCCGGAUGCCUCCUCGGCGCCGGCCGCCGCCUCCCUCUGCUGCGCCCCGUACGAGAGCCGGCUGCUGGCGCCCGGCCGCGCCGAGCUCAAUGCGGCGCUGGGCAUGUACGGUGCCCCGUACGCCGCCGGCCAGGGCUACGGCAACUACCUGCCCUACAGCGCCGAGCCCGCCGCGCUCUACACCGCGCUGAACCCCCAGUAUGAAAUCAAGGACGGCGCCGGCACCUUGCACUCGGGGAUCGCGCAGCCCGCUGCCUACUACUCCUACGAUCAUUCCUUGGGGCAGUACCAGUACGACAGGUACGGGACGGUGGAUUUCAGUGGUUCGGCCAGACGCAAAAAUGCAACGCGAGAGACGACGAGCACCCUCAAGACGUGGUUGUACGAGCACCGCAAAAACCCCUACCCCACCAAAGGAGAGAAAAUCAUGCUGGCCAUCAUCACCAAAAUGACCCUGACGCAAGUGUCCACUUGGUUUGCUAACGCCAGACGGAGGCUCAAGAAAGAAAACAAAAUGACCUGGUCUCCCAAGAACAAAGCGGGGGAAGACAGGAAAGAAGAAACCCCGCGGGAAGAGGAGGAAUACAGCGCGGAGAGCGAAGGCAGAGAGCAGAAGAGCUGCAAGGAGGACAAGGAGCUGCGGUUCAGCGACCUGGACGACCUGGAGGAGGAGGAGGAGGAAGAGGAGGAGGAGUCGAGGAAGCCGGAGAAGGGCCGGGCCAGCUCCCUGCAGGAAGCCCCCAGCCUCGGCGCGGCGCUGCCCGAGGCUCCGCGGAGCGACUGCAGCCUGCCCGGCCCCUUCCGCGCCUUUCCCUGCGCCAAGGCCCCCGCCGCGGACUUCUCCCCCGCCGCCCUGGCCGGCCCGCCGCCGCCCUACGCGCCCGCGGAGAAGCCGCGCAUCUGGUCGCUGGCGCGCACCGCCGGGGCCAGCGCGGCGCGCAGGGGCAGCCCCGAGGGCCGCGGCGCGGAGGGAGGCGGCGGCGCGGCGGGGGAGCAGCCCCUGCCCGCCAAGGCCUUCCGGAGCUCCGCUUUCAACCUGCAGCCGCUCCCGCGGAGCUGCGCGUCCCACCGCGGCCUGGGGGAGCCGUGCCAGUACGCGGCGGCGGGCGAAGGCUUCGGGCGGGGCGCCAAGGGCGGCCCGGGGGGCGCCGAGCUGGGCGGGACCUGCCUGGACAGGCUGCGGACGGCGUUCCGGCCGGUGCUGCGGCGGUGAGGGCCGCCCGCCCCUUCCUGAGCGCUGGCGACGGGACUCCGGCUGCAGCGAAGCUCUCGGCUUGAAACAACGAAAGAAACCUCUCCCCGGCCCGGCGAUGACUUCCCCGCCCCGCAGGCACGGCCCGCGGCUCAGCCUCCCCUGCCCUCGCCGGGGAAACGUCCCGCCGCGGCACAACGUGCUUCUCACAUGGGGCCGAGGGGCGCGGCGGGCGGAGCGGCUGCGCCCGCGGGACCGGCACCUCCCCCCCCCGCCGCCGCCCGGUUGCCGUUUGUUCAACACCCCUCAUUAACGUCUUUGCAAAAAAAAAAAAAAAAAAGGAAAAAAAGAAAAAAAAAAAGCUAAUCUUUUCUUUUUCUUCCCCACGUCGUGACUUGUUUUUCCUUUUCCUCCCACCCUGCUUCCUCCGCGCCCCACUCCGCCAAGGUGCGUUGUUCGCGGUUGCUCCGCGCCGUCCCGAGGAGGUGGGAGGAGGAGGAGUGGCGCAGGUUACGCCGGGCUGUUUAUUUCCCGUCGCUGUACAUAGAUACCGCUGAAAGUAUUUUUCAGAGUCUAAUUAACAGGGAUAAGCUGAACGCCGUGAAGCUGUCCUGUGACCCCGGGAGUUCUUCAGGCAGGAGCCGGCGCAGCCCGGGCAGAGCGGCCCCCAGCCCCCGGCCCCGGGCCGCCCCGGGCACCCGCCGCCUGCCCCGAGGCACGGCCAGGGCACGGCCGGGGCACCCCCGGGCAGCGAGUGGCGACCGGGCGGCGAAGUAGGACGUUGUUAGUGGGUCACCGCCGUCAGUUAGUGAAAAGAGCAGUGCUGCACUUUACAGGACAGACGAGAAAGGGAAACCGUAUCUCUGCAUUAUUUCUGUUUAAUUAAAAGUGUCAUCCAACACUUUGUGUUCAGACUAAUAAACGAAGCAGGGAUGAGGAAAGAAUGUUUCUUUGUUCCUCUCUCUAGAAGCAGUGGCAAUAAUUUAAAUUAAUAACUGGUAAUUAAGAGGUCAUCUAUAGAUCAACCCGAUACCUGCUAUUUCCAAGUUCACCAGGGUCAACAUUUACAUUAAGUCAUUUGUGGUCAAUAGAGUCCAAUGAAUUCUGCCUUAAUAAAUCAGGGAAAUCAAUCUUGAA